AUGGAUAUCCAAAAAAUAAUCAGUGAUACAAUUAUGGAAACUCCUAAGGAUGAGAUUUUGAAAUAGUUUAAUGAAAGAAAUAUCUAAGUUGCUACAAUUAUAAAAGAGAAACUUUUGAAAUGGAAUAGUUCACAAUUAAUAAAUUUUGAAAUAAAUACUUUAGAAAUAUGUUUUGGAGUUUUCUUUUUACAAAUUAUAAAAUAAUCUUAAAAUCAAUAAAUCAGAAAUCAGCUUGGAAUAUUUAUGAAUUAAAAUUAAUAGCUAAAAGAUAUCAAUCAAUAGAAAUACAUUGAACUUUGUCGGAAAGUUUUUAAUAAAUCUUUGAUAAGCCUUUCUCCUCUAAACUUAGACUUUAAAACUAUAGAUGAUUAGUUAUAAGAAAGUUUUAUUGGUGAAAUCUAUAUAUCUGGAAAAUAAUCUUAAUAUUAUCAAAGUGAUAAAUUUUCCAAAAAGGAACCCAUAAAAUAUUAUAUAUUUUUAUUUCAAAGUUUAUAGGUUAAUGGGACGAAACUACAUCUGAUAUUUUCAACUAAUAAAGAUCCUCAAUUCCCUUAAUAGUAGUUCUAAUAAUAAAAUUAAUUACCAUUUCAAUAAUAAUUUAAUUAAAAUAUAUAAGGAAAUAUUUUUCCUAACAACUUUUAGUAACCAUAGAAUCAAGGAUUAAUUCAAGGAUAGAAUCAAGGAUAAAAUCAAAUUUAAUUACCAAGGCUUCUUUCAUAUCCUAUUUAAUAACCAAAUAAUAGUCAAUUUAAUAUAAGAAGUACUUAACUUAAUAAUAAUGAGUAAUAAAAAAACAAUUAAAAUCAACCAACAUUUAAUAAUUUCAAUAAUUAAUAGUUCCAACCACCUAAUUAGAAUACUAGUAUUAAUAAUAAUGAGUAAUAAAAAAACAAUUAAAAUCAACAAACAUUUAAUAAUUUCAAUAAUUAAUAGUUCCAACCACCUAAUUAGAAUACUAGUAUUAAUAAUAAUGAGUAAUAAAAAAACAAUUAAAAUCAACAAACAUUUAAUAAUUUCAAUAAUUAAUAGUUCCAACCACCUAAUUAGAAUACUAGUAUUAAUAAUAAUGAGUAAUAAAAAAACAAUUAAAAUCAACAAACAUUUAAUAAUUUCAAUAAUUAAUAGUUCCAACCACCUAAUUAGAAUACUAGUAUUAAUAAUAAUGAGUAAUAAAAAAACAAUUAAAAUCAACAAACAUUUAAUAAUUUCAAUAAUUAAUAGUUCCAACCACCUAAUUAGAAUACUAGUAUUAAUAAUAAUGAGUAAUAAAAAAACAAUUAAAAUCAACAAACAUUUAAUAAUUUCAAUAAUUAAUAGUUCCAACCACCUAAUUAGAAUACUAGUAUUAAUAAUAAUGAGUAAUAAAAAAACAAUUAAAAUCAACAAACAUUUAAUAAUUUCAAUAAUUAAUAGUUCCAACCACCUAAUUAGAAUACUAGUAUUAAUAAUAAUGAGUAAUAAAAAAACAAUUAAAAUCAACAAACAUUUAAUAAUUUCAAUAAUUAAUAGUUCCAACCACCUAAUUAGAAUACUAGUAUUAAUAAUAAUGAGUAAUAAAAAAACAAUUAAAAUCAACAAACAUUUAAUAAUUUCAAUAAUUAAUAGUUCCAACCACCUAAUUAGAAUACUAGUAUUAAUAAUAAUGAGUAAUAAAAAAACAAUUAAAAUCAACAAACAUUUAAUAAUUUCAAUAAUUAACAAUUUCAAAUUAUCAAUUAAUAAUUCCAACAACCUCAUUAGAAUAAUAUUAUUAAUAAUAAACAAAACAAUAAUAUUUUUAAGAAUAAUGCUUAGAAUUUUUAAAUAUAAAAUAAUACUUAAAAUUAAUCUAUUAAUAUGAAUAAUAACAAUGGAAAUCAAUUUAAUUUUAAUAACAAUAAUAAUUAAUUUUAAUAAAAACCUAAUAAUAAUAUUGGUAAUGAUUGUUAAAAUAUUGGGAUUAAAAAUAAUGUGACUACUAAUUUAUUCAAUAAUAAUCAUUAGUUUAAUAAUCCUUAACUUUAAUUUUAAAAUCAUGCUUAGAAUAAUAUAAUAUAACUGUCACCUAUAACUGUUUAACAACCUAAUUUUGCUGCUAAUCCUAUUUUGCCAUAAACUUGUAAUGAUCCUAGUAUAUUUUUUACUGUAACAAUGAAUUCUAAUUAAGAAGAUGAAUAAUAAGAGAAAAUAGUAAAUAAUUUUAGUAGAUUACAAACAAAUAUUAUUACAAAAGUUGAAGAUAAUUCUACAGAAUGUGAUAUAUGCUGUGAAAAAUAUUAUUUAAAUUCUGAUUAAGUAAUUAUAACUCCAUGCUGCAAGAAAAAGGUUCACUUGUAAUGUACAUAAUAUGAUUUAAAUGAAAAAGCAAAGUUAAACAUGAAUUUUUAAAAAAUUGUUUGUCAUGUUUGUGGACAAUCCCUUAAAUAAUACUAAGAUUAUCUAAAAAGUAAUAUUUCUAUUGGAGUAUAUGUCAAAAUAAUAAAGUGUGAGAUUACAGCAAAUAUUCCCUCAAUAUGCUGUAAAUGUUCCUCACCAAUAUAAGCAAGUUUAGAAAGCAAAUAGGUAGAAAUAGAAUGUUUAAAAUGUAAUACAAAACUUUGUAGUCUUUGUUAUUAAGAAUAUCAUGGUGAAAUCUAAACAGUAUAUUUAAAAUUUAAAUUAGAAUUAAAAAUGUCCAAGUCUAUUAACAGAGAUUCAGAAAGCUAUUGCAGAUAUGCCAAUUCUUGUUUGUCCAUUUUGUAAUUUAAUGCAAACAAAAGAUAAUAAAUGUAAUCACGUGACUUGCUAUGGUUGCAAGAUAGAUCUUUGUUCAGCAUGUUCUGUUGAAAGAUUUCCCAUAUUGGAACAUGGCAAUCAUUACCACAGAGUGGGUUGUCCUGACUAUGCACCAUUGAUAAAAAAUGGCGAAGUAGUAACAGAACCAGAAUUUUUGAGAAGAAAAUGUAAAAGAUGUAAAGAGACUAAUUAACCAUGCCAAUAUCCAAUAAGUUUAGACGAAUACAAAAAAGAAAAAUAGUUUUGA